CCCCUCCUCACCGCAAAUAUUGACAGAAUUACCACCGAGAGAACAUGGCAGAGAUGGAAAAGGAGGGUAGACCUCCGGAAAAUAAAAGAAGCCGAAAACCAGCACACCCGGUGAAAAGGGAGAUAAAUGAAGAGAUGAAGAGUUUUGCAGAGAACACCAUGAACGAGCUCCUGGGCUGGUACGGUUAUGACAAGGUGGAGCUGAGAGACUCUGACAACCUGGAGAUAGGGGAGACGCCACAGCACAUCUCUGUCCUCAAAGAAAACUUGUUGCCAAAAAUCCCAGCUUCAACAGAGAGCGGCGAAGGCUCUCCGGAUCGAGCCAACAGCUCCCAGUCUUUGCCAGCCUCCAGGAAUGGAGUCACAGAGCCCUCCACCACACCAUCCACCUCCACGCCCAGCACCAAGGAUCAUGGCAACCUGCCCAUCAUAGUCCCCAUGAUCCCUCCGCCACUGAUCAAGCCCCCUGCAGAUGAGGAUACAUCCAAUGUGCAGAUCAUGUGUGCAUGGUGCCAGAAAGUCGGUGUCAAACGCUAUUCUCUGAGCAUGGGGAGUGAGCUGAAGAGUUUCUGCAGUGAGAAGUGCUUCGCCGCCUGCCGCAGAGCCUAUUUUAAGAGAAACAAGGCGAGAGACGACGAUGGCCUCGGUGGGAAAUUACCCCAGAACAGCUUUACUCAGGACACGCCCAGGCUUGUCUUCAAGACAAACAGCGAUGUGCUUGUGUGUGACUGGUGCAAACAUAUUCGCCACACUAAGGAGUACCUGGACUUUGGUGCUGGUGAGCGGAGGCUGCAGUUCUGCAGUGCCAAAUGCCUGAACCAAUAUAAGAUGGACAUUUUCUACAAGGAGACACAGGCCGCGCUGCCUGGAGCACUGUGUAACCCAGGACACGGGCCUGGUGGGGAGGGUAAGCCGGAAUGCAGUGGAGGGGUACAGCUGCUCACUCCUGAAUCCUGGGGAACACCAUUAACGGACCUACGUCGGAAAGCUCCCUCACCAGGGGGGCCUUCCACCACUUCUGCUUUGGCCCCUUCCACUUCUUCUGCCACCUCACCCUCAGACACUGCUGCCAUCUGCUCCCCGUCCUCCUCCUCCUCAGCGAAGAUCCCUACACCCAGACCCCAUGAGAGCCCCACACUUCCCCCUCCACCUGUUCCCACUUUGCACCCACCAGUUGGAGUUCCCUCUGGUAGUCCUCCCAUGGUAAUGACACCGCGGGGGCCUAUGCCCCUGCCUCUGUUCAUGGAGCAUCAAAUGAUGCAGCAGAUCCGUCCACCGUUUCUUCGCCCCUCUGCCCACCCAGCAGGGCCCAACAGCCCACUUUCAAACCCUAUCAUCCCUGGUAUUGGUCCACCACCUCCCCCAAGGACCCUUGGUCCAGCAUCAAGUCCCAUGCACAGGCCCCUGCUGUCUCCGCAUGUCCACCCCUCAUCCAAUCCCAACCCUGGGAUGAUCCCCCCCCACCCUGGUCUCCCCAUGCCAGGCCUGCCCCCUUUCCCCCCGGUCAACAUGAUGCCCAAUGGACCCAUCCCCCUGCCCCCAAUGAUGAACUUUGGCAUGCCUACCUUGGCCCCAUUGGUACCCCCACCAACUCUCUUAGUCCCUUACCCUGUCAUUGUACCCCUCCCAGUCCCAAUCCCUAUUCCAAUCCCAAUUCCUAUGAACCCCAAAACUUCCAGCGAGCAGCUGGAGAGCAAUGGCUCUGUCCGCAGUGCUCCAGAGUCGUCAGAAGCCUCAGUUUCUCGGCCCCACUCUCCAGGCUUCUCUGGAGGUGACAGAGGAGAGCAGAAAUUAGAACCAGCUGGUGCAGAGCGUUUCUCUCCUGUACGCUCAGAGAGAAGCAGGGCAGUGUUGGUGGACUUGGCUGUGAAGGCAGAGGAAAAUUCGACCAACUUGUGUCUAACCAGCAGCCCAAGACUUAUGGACGGUGUGAUUGAUCUAACUGUGGGCCAGUGGUCAUGCCAACAGCAGGUAAUUCAGAGGAUGCUACCUGGGGUCCAGGUCAAAGUAGAGACAGAGGCUGAAUCAAGAUCUCCACCAGCUGCUGGGCUGGGGAGGGAAGGAAAGGGCAGUCGUGAUGGGGGGGGGGGAGUCCUUUCCCAGGGCUUCUUCAGUGCUCCGCAGCUGGAGAGCGCCACACACCCAAAUACACUGGAAUCAUCAGGCCUACCCUCCAGCAACAACAGCCCUUCUUGUAAUGCUGAUCCUCCAGUGAGCCAGCUAAUCCCCUCUAUCUCCAACCUUACCCCACCACCCUUACCCAGCACAGCACGGACCCAGCCCCAACCCCUACCCCAACUCCAGACUAAGCCUGGUGCCCCAUGUAAUGUCAUAGUCAAUGGUACAGGAUGGCAUUCGCUUCUCACUCCUCCCUUUGAGUCUUGCCCUGACCGAAAAGCAGACGGGGUUGCAGGAGAAGGAGAGGCAGAGGAGCAGCCAGCCAACGGAGAGCUGGAGCAUGAGGCACUCAAAGAGAACAAUUGCUCAGCUGGAGAUUGGGAGCCAGGGAAGCGGGGCUCGGUACAAGACGAGAUGGCAAACACAGUAGAGGGUAAGCCAGACCCUGACUCCAACUUAGAAGAGGGCGAGCAUGCCUAUGCCCUGCCGCUGCUGUCUACCGGAGGCUGUGUGGUCAUCCAGCCUGUGCCAAAGCCUGGUGCUGACAAGACAGCCAUCCUGUCCUGUUCCAUCAGUACCCCUUUAUCAGCAGCCGGGAGCCCUGAGCUGGAGCCGCCGCUGAAGAGGAGGUGUCUGCGAAUCCGCAAUCAAAACAAAUGA